CCACAAUUCCCAACUCGCAAAAUAUCUUGGACUCUAGUCAAGACGGAAUCGAAUACUUUAGCAGUCGUGCCUAGCUUCCUGGAGCAACGGUCGUUGUCGCAGAAUGCUGUUGACAUCUAGAAGACUCUCGGAUAGAUUGUCUUCCCUAGCGGUCCUUCUCGCGCCCAAGAUAGAAAAUGUUAUAGUGGAUACAGGGGUCAAGGUGUCUUUUCUUUACGGUGCUACAGAAUUUUGGGACAUUACUUGCUUCUUCUGGAGCAAAUAUUAUGGGACUGGGUGCGAUUUGGACCAAACUCUAAGAUCAGAUAAUCUCUCGGACGUCAAAGGUUAUGUUUCUUCAGAUGUAUUUAUCAAGCAUCCAACAGUCGAGGGGAGGAUCGAUGAUGUGUCAGUAACAGCUCCCAUAGAGAGCACCAUUACCGCCGAUCCCUACGUGAACGGUACUAUCAUGGUCGACCGGAGACGCAUCCACGUCGGAAUCCUCAUAGAGCCAUGAGUAGGGCAUGAAAUAAUGACGAAAAGCGGCUUCCAGAU